CAAAGUUACGUCCUCGUUUUAAUACCCUCAUAGCUGCGUCUAAUAUUCUUUUAUUGGAGGAAGAAAUUUGAAAAAAAAAACAAUAAGCAAUAAUGUUGGUGUACCAAGAUCUUCUCACCGGUGAUGAGCUUCUGUCUGACUCUUUCUCUUACAAGGAGAUUGAGAAUGGUAUUCUUUGGGAAGUUGAAGGAAAGUGGACUACCGUUGGAGCUCUAGAUGUGAACAUCGGUGCCAAUCCCUCUGCCGAAGAAGGUGGUGAGGACGAGGGUGUUGAUGACACUGCUCAAAAGGUUGUUGACAUUGUGGACACCUUCAGACUUCAGGAGCAACCGACUUAUGAUAAGAAGGGCUUCAUCGCCUAUAUUAAAAAGUAUAUCAAGCUUUUGACACCCAAGCUCAACGAGGAAGAUCAAGCAGCCUUCAAGAAGGGUAUCGAGGGAGCUACCAAGUUCUUGCUCCCCAAGCUCAAUGACUUCCAAUUCUUUGUUGGGGAGGGGAUGCAUGAUGACAGCACUUUGGUCUUUGCUUACUACAAGGAGGGUGCAACUAACCCAACAUUUUUGUACUUCGCUCAUGGUUUGAAGGAGGUCAAGUGCUGAGUGGUCGGUCGCAGCUUCUUUAUUUUGUUCUGUGUUUGGUCGUCUCCUAUUAAAAUUACCUACCACCAUUCUGCUUUUUAUCUUCUCGUUGAGUUAUUUAAUCCGAAAACAACGGUUUAUCAUUUACUAUUAAUUGAAUUUUGUUGCUUGCUUUUCUAAUCUAAGUGUGGUUAC